AUGAUCAAGACGGACCUGCGUUCAGGAAGGAGGCGGAGCCCGCGGGGCAUCUGCCAAUCGGAAGCCGACUGGUGGGAAAAGCCGAGGCAAGAGGGCAGGCUUCAUAGAGAUAGUAAAGGUGUAGAGGUAGACGACAUCCACAAGCUCAGCCAGGCCGUGGCAGCGGCCCACACCUUCUUCUCGGCCAAUCCGGACCACGUGGAGAUGAAGCAGAAUCUGGGCUAUUACCAGAUGAUGGCUGGCGUCAAAGAGUCGGACUUUGUCGAUUUGGAGGCAAAGCCCCACAUGGAAGAUUUCCACCAGGGCGUGAGUUACUACACGGAGGAGAAGCCUCUGGCAGCCGUUUUGCACCUGGAGAAGGCGCUGGAGGGGUACUGGGCGGCCGACGAGGAGUGCCGCGCCCUCUGCGAAGAGCCGUACGAUUACGAAGGGUACAACUACCUGGAGUACAGCGCCGAUCUCUACCAGGCCUUUAUUGAUCACUACACCCAAGUGCUGAGCUGCAGGCAAGGCUGCGUGACCGAGCUGGCGCUGGAGGCUGGCCACGAGAAGCCCGUCAAGGACUUCCUCCCGUCGCACUUCGACUACCUGCAGUUUGCAUAUUACAACAGCGGCAACUACGAAAAGGCCAUCGAGUGCGCAAAGACGUAUUUGCUCUUCUUCCCCGACGACGAGGUGAUGAAGCAGAACGUGGCGUAUUACACGGCGGUGCUCGGGGAGAACCUGGCCAAGCUGAUCGGUCCCAGAGAGAAAGUCCAGAUUUAUCACCGGCGCAGUCUGCUGGAGAAGGAAUUGCUUUUCUUUGCGUACGACGUCUUUGGGAUCCCUUUCAUUGAUCCGGACACGUGGACCCCGGAAGAAGUGAUCCCGAGGAGGCUUCAAGAAAAGCAAAAGGUGGAACGCGAGACGGCGGCUCGGAUCUCGGAGGAGAUUGGCAAUCUCAUGAAGGAGAUCGAGACCCUGGUGGAAGAGAAAACGAAGGAGUCUUCCGACAUGAGCAAACUCCUACGGGAAGGGGGUCCAUUGGUGUACGACGGGCUCACCGUUACCAUGAACUCCAAGGUCCUGAAUGGGUCCCAGCGCGUGGUGGUGGACGGGGUCCUUUCUGAAGAAGAGUGCCGGGCGUUGCAAAGUCUCACCAACGCAGCUGCUUCUGCUGGGGAUGGUUAUAGGGGGAAGACUUCGCCCCAUACACCCAGCGAGACCUUUUACGGUGUGACCGUCUAUAAAGCCCUCAAGCUGGGGCAGGAGGGCAGAGUCCCCAUGCAGAGCGCAUACCUCUAUUAUAACGCCACCGAGAAGGUCCGACGGGUGAUGGAAUCCUAUUUCCGCCUCGACGUGCCUCUGCAUUUCUCCUACUCUCACCUGGUGUGCCGGACAGCCAUAGAAGACAAGCAGGAGGACCGGACCGAUCCCAGCCACCCGGUGCACGUGGACAAUUGCAUCCUGAACGCCGAGGCCAUGGUGUGCGUCAAGGAGCCCCCUGCGUACACCUUUCGGGACUACAGCGCCAUCCUCUAUUUAAAUGGAGAUUUCGAAGGCGGGGCGUUCUAUUUUACCGAGCUGGAUGCCACGACAGUGACGGCUGAAGUGCAACCCCACUGUGGCCGGACGGUGGGUUUCUCCGCCGGAUCGGAAAAUCCUCAUGGCGUGAAAGCCGUCACGAAGGGCCAGCGCUGCGCCAUCGCCUUGUGGUUUACUCUGGACCCCCGCCACAGCGAACGGGAGAGGAUCCAGGCCGACGACUUGGUCCGGAUGCUGUUCAAAACAGAAGAAACACAGCUGCCCCCCGAGACGGCACCGAGUCCGGAAAAGGCCGAAAUCCCCCCCAAAGAUGGUGCUGCGGAGAAAGAUGAACUAUAACUGAACAUCUGGCCCGCACAGCUGGUGCAAACAGCGGGGAUUUGGGUGCCCUGAAAAACAGGGUGCGGAUCCUGUGUCAGGAGCAAGGGAGCAGACUGGCUAUAAACAGUGCCCCGAAUACAGCGUUGCCCCCCAAAUGCAGAGAUAUCGGGGUACAUCCUUUCCCCAUUCCUUGAACGAUUGGGCUCUCAAAAGGUGGACCACGCACACGAUCUCAGUAUUAUUAUUAUUAUUAUUAUUAUUAUUAUUAUUAUUAUUAUUGCAUUUCUUCUGGGUGGAGCAGCAAACCAGCAGGAAAACGUGCCAUGCGUUCAAAUCCUGGUCACCAAAAGGGCUCAUUUGGGAGGCCCUGGGUCCGCUCGCUGUCUCGCGGCCUCCCUCACAGGGCUGUUGUGAAACCAAGUGGUGGAAUGUCCCCCCCUGUUCACCGCCAGCAAGGUCUAGGGAGGAGGGGGCGAUGCCAACAUGCCAAAUCAAUUGAAGGGGGGAUCCCUGGGCGACUCCCGGGCGGCGCGUCCAGGAGGCACUUGCCAAAUAAAACCACGUGCACACAAAGACGCAGAACGAGCCGCAAACAU